CGGGGCCGCCCCGGGGCGGGCGGGGUUCAGGUUCCGGUUCCGGUUCCGGUGGAGCGGGGCGCGCGGGGCCUGCGGGCGGCAGGUACCGGCAGGAUGUCUUCAGGAGCAUUAUUUCCAAGCCUGGUGCCAGGGUCCCGUGGCUCUUCAAGCAAAUACCUGGUAGAAUUUCGGGCAGGGAAGAUGUCCCUGAAAGGCAGCACUGUAACCCCAGACAAGAGAAAAGGCCUUGUGUACAUCCAGCAAACUGACGACUCCCUCAUCCACUUCUGCUGGAAGGACAGGACUUCAGGCAACGUUGAGGAUGAUUUGAUUAUUUUUCCUGACGACUGUGAAUUCAAGAGGGUGCCACAGUGCACUACGGGCCGUGUGUAUGUAUUGAAGUUCAAGGCAGGAUCAAAACGACUCUUCUUCUGGAUGCAGGAGCCAAAAACAGACAAGGAUGAGGAGCACUGCCGUAAGGUGAACGAGUACCUGAACAACCCACCCAUGCCUGGUGCUCUGGGUGGAAAUGCAAGUGGAGGCCACGAGCUCUCAGCCUUGGGAGGUGAGGGUGGCUUGCAAAGCCUUCUUGGAAACAUGAGCCAUAACCAGCUCAUGCAGCUGAUCGGACCAACGGGCUUAGGAGGACUUGGUGGGCUGGGUGCGCUGACGGGUCCUGGGCUGGCCAGUCUGCUUGGCAGUGGGGGACCCCCCACCAGCAGUUCAUCAUCCAGCUCUCGCAGCCAGUCAGCUGCUGUGACUCCAUCUUCCUCCACUUCUUCUACCCGUGUGACACCUGCCCCGGCCGUGCCCGCCACGGCCGCUGUCACCAGCCCCAGCCCCGUCCCCAGCUCGGGCAACGGAACCAGCUCAGCCACCAGCCCAACCCAGCCCAUCCAGCUGAGUGACCUGCAGAACAUUUUAGCUACUAUGAACGUGCCAUCUGGAGCAGGAGGACAGCAAGUUGACCUGGCAACUGUUCUGACUCCUGAGAUAAUGGCUCCCAUCCUGGCCAAUGCUGAGGUCCAGGAGCGGCUGAUGCCCUAUCUUCCCUCGGGGGAAUCUCUGCCCCAGACUGCAGAAGAGAUCCAGAACACCCUGACGUCUCCUCAGUUUCAGCAGGCAUUGAGCAUGUUCAGUGCUGCCCUAGCUUCAGGGCAGCUUGGCCCACUCAUGAGUCAGUUUGGCUUACCCGCAGAGGCAGUAGAUGCAGCAAAUAAAGGAGAUGUAGAAGCAUUUGCCAAAGCAAUGCAGAACAGUGUGAAGUCAGACCAAAAGGAAGGAGACGCCAAGGACAAGAAAGAUGAAGAGGAAGAUAUGAGUUUAGAUUAAGUUAUUUGCUCUUCCUUACAGAUACUCCUAGAUACUAACUUAAGCAACUGCAGUAGGAUUACUAACUUCAUAUUAUGCUUAUAUAAAAUCUACAAAUAAAGGAAUUUUCUUUAUCUGC